UGCGUUACGUGGAACAAACAUGGGGACCCGCGAAUUUUGACAGUGGGGGAGAAUAAUUAAACGAUGCCAACGAAUUUGGAGAUCAUCAUCAACCUCAGCAUAGUUUCAUCAAAGUUUUGCCUUUGUUGUUGGGAUCAAAGGAGGAAAUGUUUGGGUGCCGAUGUUUCUUCAGGAAAACGACGGCUCAAUUGGCGCCUUCCGAGCCUGAAACCUUCUCGCUUCCAGCCCCGCUUCCCCAAUGGCCUCGAGGUAAAGGAUUUGCUUCGGGAAAAAUAAAUCUUGGAGAGCUUGAAGUCGUUAAAAUCACAAGAUUUAAGUUCAUCUGGUGCAGCAAUGCACAGGAGGAGAGAAAAGGUGUUACUUUUUAUAAACCACUUGGAAUACCUGAGGGAUUUUCUAGCCUUGGGCAUUAUUGUCAAUCUAAUGGCCAGCCUUUUAGAGGCUUUGUUCUUGCUGCCCGGGAAUUUUCUUCUGAAUCAGAACCUGCUCGUUUCUCCACCCAUGUUGCCUCACCAUCUCUUAGAGAGCCUAUUGACUAUGCUUUAGUUUGGAGUUCCAAUAAUGGGAGUGAGGAAAGACUUGAAGGGUGUGGCUUCUUCUGGUUGCCUCAGCCUCCUGAGGGUUAUAAGUCGAUGGGUUAUUUGGUCACUCGCUCUCCUAAAAAACCCAAAUUAGAUAAAGUGAGAUGUGUUCGAGCAGACCUGACAGAUAGAUGUGAAAACUAUCGAGUUAUAUUUAAUGCUGGUGCUCGAUUUUCAGAGUUCCCGUUUCAGGUGUGGAGCACGAGACCUUCUCAUCGAGGGAUGCUGGGUAGAGGUGUUUCUGUUGGGACUUUUUCUUGCAAUAGCUGUUGGACACCCGGACAAGAACUGCCUAUUGCCUGCUUGAAGAAUUUAGAUCCUAAACUACAUGCAAUGCCAAACUGUGAUCAGAUUCAUGCACUAAUAAACCACUACGGACCUACUCUCUUUUUCCAUCCUUAUGAGAUCUACAUGCCUUCUUCUGUUUCAUGGUUUUUCGAGAAUGGAGCACUUCUGUUCAGAAAGGGUGACUCGGUAGGCCAGUCGAUUGAUCUUGAUGGGUCAAAUCUACCGAGUGGUGGAAGAAACGAUGGUGAAUUUUGGAUAGACUUGCCUAUUGGUGAUAGGAGAAAUAAUGUCAAAUUAGGAAAUUUAGAAAGCGCUAAACUAUACAUACAUGUGAAGCCAUCUCUCGGUGGGACUUUCACUGAUAUUGCUAUGUGGAUUUUCUGCCCCUUUAACGGGCCUGCAACUCUGAAAGUCGGUGUUAUGAAUUUUGCACUUAGCAAGGUUGGUCAGCAUGUGUGUGAUUGGGAGCAUUUUACUCUCCGUAUAUGCAACUUUACCGGAAAGCUCUGGAGCAUAUACUUCUCUCAGCACAGUGGUGGUGUGUGGGUUAAUGCUUAUGAUUUGGAGUACAUACAAGGGAAUAAAGCAAUCGUUUACUCGUCAAAAAGCGGACACGCAAGCUUUCCUCACCCAUGUACUUAUAUUCAGGGUUCUGCAAAACUAGGAAUUGGGAUUAGAAACGAUGCUGCACGUAGUAAUUUCUACGUUGAUUCGAGUACUCAUUAUGAACUUGUAGCAGCCGAGUAUCUUGGAGAAGGGGUUGUUUCUGAGCCUGGUUGGUUGCAGUUUAUGAGAAAAUGGGGUCCAAGUAUUGUCUAUGAUUCUAGAACCGAGUUGGAUAAAAUUAUCAGCAUUUUGCCACUGAUGCUUCAGUAUUCUGUGGCAAACAUUUUCGGUAAGCUUCCGAUUGAACUCUAUGGAGAGGAAGGUCCUACAGGGCCUAAGGAGAAGAACAAUUGGGAAGGAGAUGAAAGAGGCUAGUUUCCCGGUAGUCUCGGAUCUAGACCAACUGUUUUCACCUAUAUCUGCAGCUGUCGUCUUCGUACAAAUAAUAAAUUACAAGUUCAUAGCAGGCACUUGUAAUUGUUUUAUAUCUUUCUUUCUUGUAUAAAUAUUGGAUUUGAUGGUGAGAGGCUUUGUUU